CGGGAGCAGUGGACAGAAGACAGAAAGUGUCUGGUUGUUGACGUGAUUUGUGUUGUGCACCGCGACUAGAAGAUACCACGAUGCAACGGCGUAAGCUGCGUGCAGACCGACAGCAGGAUGCCACUACAUGUUCUGAAAAACACUAUUUAGUGAGGUUUGAGGACAACAAUAUUAUUACUUCCAAAGAAAUGCAUGUAAAGAAAGCUGUUAACUCCAACAAAACAAUGGCUCUAUGGUUACCAAAUUUUCGGUGGUAUGAUGCUGAAAUUUUGGCGGAGGGCAGUAAAGAAGAAAUGGAUAAAAAGCGGGACGAAUUAAAAACAGCACAUCUAAAUGCUAGCGACGCAGCUUCAUCUGAAGAUGCUGGCAGUACUGGGUCGUCUACUAGUAAUAUGCGCAAGAGAGAAACCAUGAUUGACACAAGCCAAUCUGAGGAAGAAAAGUCAUCAUUUAAAAGUAGUUCUGCUAUUGAGGAAAAAAUCUUACCUGACAAGCCCCUUGCGAUGCCUGUAGUAAACCCAAAACGCCCAAACGAGUUGCCUUCUGCCAAUGUCGGAGAAUCCAAAGAAGAUGCUGUAAGCACUGCUCAGAAUGCUUCGGGCAACGGUGAGCCCUUGGAGGUAUCUACUGUGAUCGAGGAUCAAAAGGGAACCGCCUCUGUUGAGCGGCAUCAAGAUGUAGAAAUUACCAUGCUCAGCUCUUCUACUAGUAAUGUGGGCACGAAAGAAACCAUGAUUGACACAAGCCAAUCUGAGGAAAAAAAGGCAUUACUUAAAAGUAGUUCUGCUAUUGAGGAAAAAAUCUUACCUGACAAGCCCCUUGCGAUGCCUGUAGUAAACCCAGGACGCCCAAACGAGUUGCUUACUGCCAAUGUCGGAGAAUCCAAAGAAGAUGCUGUAAGCACUGCUCAGAAUGCUUCGGGCAACGGUGAGCCCUUGGAGGUAUCUACUGUGAUCGAGGGUCCAAAGGGAACCGCCUCUGUUGAGCCGCAUCAAGAUGUAGAAUCUACUAUGCUCAGCUCUUCUACUAGUAAUGUGGGCACGAAAGAAACCAUGAUUGACACAAGCCAAUCUGAGGAAAAAAAGGCAUUACUUAAAAGUAGUUCUGCUACUGAGGAAAAAAUUUUACCUGACAAGGCCCUUGCGAUGCCUGUAGUAAACCCAGGACGCCCAAACGAGUUGCUUACUGCCAAUGUCGGAGAAUCCAAAGAAGAUGCUGUAAGCACUGCUCAGAAUGCUUCGGGCAACGGUGAGCCCUUGGAGGUAUCUACUGUGAUCGAGGGUCCAAAGGGAACCCCCUCUGUUGAGCCGCAUCAAGAUGUAGAAUCUACUAUGCUCAGCUCGUUUUCUAGUAAUAUGGGCAAGAAGAAAAUCUUGUUAAACACAAGCCUAUCCGAGGAAGAAAAGUCAUUACUUGAAAGUAUUUCUUCGAUUAACUCAAAAAUGUUACCCGACAAACCCCUUGCGAUGCCUGUUGUAAACUCAGGACUCCCAAAUGAGUUAAUUACUCUCAGUGUCAAAGGAUCCAAAGAAGCUGCUGUUAGCAAUAGACGGAAGGCUCCGGGCACCGGUGAGCCACUACAGGCACCUACCAUCUGCGAUGCACUGAAGGCACUACCUGUGGGCGGGGAACGGAAGUCACCUACUGUUUGCGAGACAUCCUCCGUUUGCAAGGAAACCACCGUCGGCGACGCGACCAUCUUCAGCAACGCACCGAGUGAAGACAUUGUGAGCACUGCGCCAACGGCGUUUAUCCUUUCCGACACGGAACUGGCGGUGCCGCCUUUGCUUUCAGAGAAUAUUAUUCAGCUAGUUAACGGGAAGAGCCUUUAUCCAGAGGGGUCGAACUGUUCUUAUGCAGACCUUUCUGCUGCGCAGUUGCUUGAAGAAGUCCCUGACGUUUGCCAGCUAAACGAUACAAAUAAUACUUUCCAAGAGUCGCAGCUUUUCCACGCGCUGAACGAGACUUUCCCUGAUUUAGUGACAGAAGUUUCAAGCUAUGCGCCCAAAGACAAGGCAGUUUUGCUAAAUCUUCAGGCAUCAGAAGUUUCCCUUACGUCUAGUAUUUAUGACUUCAACUUAGAUGUAGAUGACAUGCAACCCCUGUUGAGACCCAAGCGCAAUGCUGGUCAAGUUAAGUAUCAAUGUGAUGGCAGCGAUGAUGAACAUUUUUCUGGGGAUGAUGGUUCGGUGUACGAGCCGCGUUGUGAGUCAGAAGAGUCCUCAGAAGAUAGUGACCCGGUGGGUGAUCAGACUGAAAGCCCAUCUCUAAAGAAAAGUGUCCCUCCUGAGUCACUGCAAUCCAAAGCAAUGGAAAACUCAAAUACGCAAAAAUUUCGAGAAGUCACUGUUCAAAGAAAGCAUGGGGAAACACUGCAUGUAUCCGAAUCACCUGUGGCAGUUAAAACUUUGCGUAUCCAGACAGCUGUGAAGGGGCCCACUGGGCGACGGGUAUGGGACAAAAAAUACCCCUGCAAAUUUUGCAAUAAACUUGAUCCAAAACUGCCUAGACACUUCGAGCGCCACCACGCUCAGGAGCCUGAAGUGGGUGCCUUUCUAGCUUUGCCAAAAAACUCAGAGGCCAGAAAACAGUUGCUGGACAAACUGCGGAGUGAUGGUGAAAAGCUGCAUCACUUUCAAAUUUACGCGCGAAAGGAAGGCAAUUUAAAUCCCAAGAAGAGGCCGACUACGGAAACUGGGAUCAACGACUACUUACCUUGUGAAGAUUGCUGCCGGCUUAUUAAGAAAUCAUAUUUGGCACGGCACGUGGCACAAUGCAAAAUUCCCAAGGGUGAGUCUUCUGAAGAUGUACCAAAAAGGAACAUGAGAGGACUUCAAGCUAGAUGCGCUCUUCUGCUGCCCACGGACUUGGAGAUCGACAAGGAUUUCAGGACGACUAUUCUUGAAAAGAUGAGGUUUGAUGAAGCAUUUAAGGAAAUAUUUUCUGACAGAAUCAUACUUCAUUUUGGUCAGAGGUUGUUCAGUUACCUUGGGCGACAAAGACGAAACCAUAGGACCAUCAAAGACAGGCUGCGAGAAUUGGGUCGAUUUAUGGAUGCAGUAAAGCAGCUUUCACCAGACAUAAAAAAAAUGGAAGCUCUAAUGCAUCCCUCUCAGUACAAACUCAUAAUUAAGGCCAUCAAAAUAACUGCAGGCUUUGAUGAAACAACUGGAAUUUACGAAACUCCGUCGUUGGCUUUAAAACUUGGCCAAUCCAUGAAGAAAUGUAUCGUAGUUUACAAGGGAAUGUGCUUAGAUGAUCCUGUGUUACUCCUGAACGUGCCCAAUAUCAAGCUCCUGCAGGAAAGACUGGAGGAAAACGCUAGUAUAGAUAUCAACAAGGAUGCACAUUCCACGCUUUCUACAAGAAGCUGGAAUGCUCCAAGAAGACUGCCCUUGACAGCAGAUGUUCAAAAGCUUCAUGCACAUUUACUUAAACGCAACGAUGAAAUCAGAGAAGCCAUGAAAUCUGGAGUAUCUGACAAACUUUACAGAGAGUUCUGCGAGGUAACUUUGUGCCGCGUUCUCCUGUUAAACAGAAGGAGAGUGGGCGAAAUUCAAUACAUGGAAUUGAAAGACUACCAGAGGUCGAAAGAAAACUCACCACGAGAUGAUGAUCCAGCCAUGAAAACCUUGUCAGAAGUAGAAACGGUGCUCGUAAAGACCCUGCAACGAAUCGUGAUCCGAGGUAAAAAAGGCAGAGGCGUUCCCGUGCUACUUACUGAGGACAUGCAAAGUGCUGUUGAGGCCCUGAUUGCCCUUCGUCCAGAGGUUGGAGUUCCCGAAGACAAUGAAUAUCUCUUCCCAGCAUUGCAUGCCGAAGCUGGACAUCAUCGUGCUGACGUUGUCCUAAGGAAAAUGGCAAAGGAGUGUGGCGCAUCUGAUCCUUCCUUACUCACUGGCACCAGACUUCGAAAGCACGUCGGCACAUUGAUGACUCUGUUGAAUCUGCGUGAUCACGAGCUGGACGCUGUUGCAGAUUUCAUGGGGCACGAUAUCAGAGUGCAUAGGCUGUUUUACCGACUGUCCUCAGAUACAAUGCAGCUAGCAAAAGUCAGUAAGGUCUUGCUAAACAUGGAAAAGGGCCAAAUUGAAAAGAUGAAGGGACUUAACUUAGAUGAGAUAACAGUUGACGAUGAAGUUGAUGAUGUUGAGGACGAAGAUGCAGACGACCCAUUUGCUGAUUUUGUUGAUGAGGAACCAGCGAAGGAAGUCAAAGCUCCAGAAAAGAAGAAAACUAAGAAAAGGGUUCGCAAUGACUCCAGUGGUGCUGACUCUGAGUCAGGUUGUGACUGGGCACCUAAUGCUUCUAAAAAAGAAAGAAGCUGCAAGAAGACGGUCAAGAGGCACAAAUUUACACCAAGUCAGUCAGAAACAAUAUUGAAACACUUUGAAAGACUUUUGCUGAAUAAAAUCACGCCACAGAAGCACCACGUUGACAAGUUUGUGGAAGCUUAUCCGGAGUUUGGAUCAGUCCCGUGGGACAAAGUAAAGCAGUUUGUGCGCAACAAAUUUUUGUCUCUUGAGAAUAAAUCACAGAAAAAGAAGUCUCAGAAGAAGUAAUGAAUUUGUAUUGAGUUUUGAUCUCAUUGUCUUUUAUAUUUAAGUUUUUUUUAAAUCAGAAAUAUUGAUUUCCUUUUCUUUAGUUAUAAGUUCGUUUUUACUUCAUUUGUUCCUUCUCUGUUUGUAGGUUGUGUAACUUUUAUCUUUUUCUCUCUCUUGUGUUUAGUUGAGGCAAAAAUAACAAGUAUGACCACCUUAUUGUCAAGAGCAAAUUAAGGAUUGCUCAACCUACAAGUUUUGAAGUUAACAAACUGUUUAACCUAUUUCAUAAUUUUGAGUAUUGUCGGUUUCAAUUGGUGAAUUACUUUUUACGGAAGGGUGCUCUAGGUGUGUAGCUGAAUUGCAUUCAUGAUUAAUUAGAUUGUCAAAUGUUUAGAAAGGUUAGAAGUUGUUCAGCAAAGUUUAAUGCAGACUGUUUUUUAAACUGUUAAGACAAUGUAAUGCAAUUUAAUUGCAGGCACUUUUUCAUAAAUUGUGAAACGCCUAUGAAAUUUAAAAAGAAAUCUAGCAAAUUGUUAAACUCAACACGUUUUUUUCAAUUUCAAUGAUCUCUGUAGUGUUAGUAACGAUAUGUUUGCAUUCCACGCAGCCUUGUAUUUGCUUAACAUCAAAAUGAUACCGUCCUUGGAAGACAGAUUAUGCACGUGACUGCUUUUGAUGAAAUAAACCUAGAAAUACUUUA